AUGAGUCCACUCAGCAAGUUACCGCGUGUCCAUGCUCGCGUCAUCAGUGUGCCAAGAUACCCGCCACCGCGUAUAUACCCCAAUAUAAGGAAUUCUACAUCAAGUCACCCACCGCCUCCAACAACACCAACAGGCAUCAUAACACACCCCUUGACACCGACACCGACUCCAUCAGUCCCGUCGGCAUACACUCCCGAUUACCCAACAGCCCCACCUCACCAUAUGUCUCUCGGGACCAAACUUGGUCUUGGCAUGAUACCCGUUGUAGUCGGCGUAUGCUUCAUGUGGAUCUUCUGUCUUUUAUGGUGGCGGCGGAGGCAGGCGCGCAAAGCACUUCUAAUGGGAAAGCUGAUGCCGCUUACACCAGAAAAGGACCGCAAAUCAUUCAUCCCGCCGGUCGAAGACAGCAAGAGAGGAAGCAGGGUGCUGAGCCUAUCUGCCUACAGCACCCAGGUCAGUGGUGGCCGGUAUGUAGGACCGCGGCCGCCCCGUCGGCAGGAGCCGAAACAGAAGCAGUGGCGCGGGAGCAAUAGAGUGAGCACUAGAAUGUCACAGCUCUCUGCAAGAUCAGCAAAGAACCGGUCAGGAGCCGAUUCGCCAAUCGACUCAUCAAGCCCGUUCAAAUUGAAGCGCGGCAGCACAGUACGGAAGAGCUUAGGAUCCGAAAUCUCGGACCUGUGGCCAUCACCACCACCACCAACGGCUUGGGUGAAGCGAAGGGAUAUUCUGGAGAGUCUGCCUUCUUCGAGGUUCGGCCAGGACAUGUCAGGGCAGAAACCACUGCGAAUGAGCGGUCAGGAGCGAAGAAGUGCGGCAAGCUCAUCGAAGAGACCCAGUAGGCCGGCAACUUCGGGUGUGAUUUAG